GAGGGUAUUUUCCUCCUCCGAAAAUGUCACUAUGUCACAGUCAUCACUCAGCAUGACUGAUCAGUAAUCACUCGUAGAUUUACAAGUGCCUAGUAAAUUACAAGUGCCGGGGAAGCCUGAGUAACACACUCACGACAACCAAACAUGUCAAUGUGCUCCUCCUGUUCUUCUGGGUCUUCAUCGACCAGAUCAUGGAUCGUGCACGGCAUUGUAGCCGGAGCUGCAAUUGCUGCGGCCAUUGGCGCUGGUGCUUAUCUGGUUCGGUACAGAAAGUUUAGGAGCCAGGUUGUUGGUAUCAUACCCGCCCGCUAUGCUUCUUCUCGAUUUGAAGGCAAGCCACUUGUUAAUAUCCUUGGCAAACCCAUGAUCCAGAGAACUUGGGAAAGGGCCAAACUGGCAACUACACUGGAUCAUAUAGUUGUGGCAACAGAUGAUGAAAAAAUAGCAGAAUGUUGUCGAGGAUUUGGUGCUGAUGUGGUAAUGACUUCAGAAUCUUGUCGAAAUGGUACAGAACGGUGCAAUGAAGCACUUCAAAAACUAGAUAAGAAAUAUGAUGUGGUUGUCAAUAUUCAAGGGGAUGAGCCUCUCAUUGAACCUGAGAUAAUAGACGGAAUUGUUAAAUCCCUGCAGGCAGCCCCGGAUGCUGUGUUUAGCACAGCUGUAACCUCUUUGAAGCCUGAAGAUGCAUUUGAUCCCAAUCGAGUGAAAUGUGUGGUGGACAAUCAAGGCUACGCUAUCUAUUUUUCAAGGGGAUUAAUUCCUUACAACAAAUCGGGGAAGGUCAAUCCACAAUUUCCAUAUUUGCUUCAUCUUGGAAUUCAGAGUUAUGAUGCAAAGUUUCUGAAGAUAUAUCCUGAGCUUCAACCAACUCCACUGCAACUGGAAGAGGAUCUGGAACAGCUUAAGGUCCUGGAAAAUGGUUAUAAAAUGAAGGUCAUAAAAGUUGACCAUGAGGCGCAUGGUGUCGACAUUCCAGAAGAUGUUGAAAAGAUAGAAACUUUGAUGCGUGAGCAAAACUUGUCUUAGUUCAAUACUAACUAUGCCAGAGGUUAGAUUAUAAGGUGGAUUAGUUGUCUGUGUGUUAAAUAUACAGGUUCAGGGGAAAGGGAAAUCAAGUAAGACGCUGGUUAUUGGUUUCACUAGCCAUUUUCUAAUAUUAUAGUCAGAUAGUGCCAUAGUAUUCUUUAUAGGUUCAUUUAUUAUGUUGAUUUCUUCUCCUUUCUGUUUACCAAGUUCAGUGAACUAUCAUGCAGCAUUUUGCAUACAGUUGAUGAGUUGCCUGCAUCAUAAUAGAAGUGGGAAUAACUGAAGUGUUUGGUUUGGUUUUGUUUGUUUGUUUAUUUUUAGUUAUAAACCCUCUCAGUUUAUUUA